CAGGGGCGGUGCGGCGCCCGGGAGGCGGGCUGCGUGAGCGGCGGAGCGCGGACGCUGCGGAGCUGAGGGGCGCGGUGCCCCCGACUUUCCGCGGCCCGGGCGGCGGCGGCGGCGGCCCGUAGAGGCGGAAGUGGAGCUGAGCUGACGGCUCCAGCAAUGAAGCACAACUCUGGGAAGAAGUAGAAUCCGCCUGGCUCCCUCCAUGGCCUGUGAGCCGCAGAUGGACCCCGGCGUGGCAGCCAGUCCGCUGCCCACCUCCUCACCCAGCUGGGGCACACUGCCUGGCGGGGGUCCUCCUCCAAGGUGGGGACAAGAGCUGCACAAUGGCCAGGUCCUGUCAGUCCUCCGGGUGGACAAUACCUGCGCACCCGUCAGCUUUGACCUGGGAACCGCAGAGGAGCAGCUGCAGACCUGGGGCAUUCAGCUCCCUGCCGACCAGUACAGAAGCCUGGCUGAGAGCGCCCUCUUGGAGCCACAAGUGAGGAGAUACAUCAUCUACAACUCCAGGCCCAUGCGGCUGGCCUUCGCUGUGGUCUUCUACGUGGUGGUGUGGGCCAAUAUCUACUCCACCAGCCAGCUGUUUGCCCUGGGCAACCACUGGGCGGCUGUGCUGCUUGUGACUCUGGCUGCGGUGAGCCUGACCCUGACUCUUGUGCUUGUCUUCGAGAGGCACCAGAGGAAGGCAAACACCAACACUGACCUGAGGCUGGCGGCGGCCAACAGAGCCCUCCUGAGACACCGGGUGCUGCUAGGGGUGUCAGACACUGUGGAAGGCUGCCAGAGUGUGAUCCAGCUCUGGUUUGUCUAUUUUGACCUGGACAACUGUGUGCAGUUUUUGUCUGACCACAUUCAAGAAAUGAAGACCAACCAAGAGUCCUUGCUGAGAAGCAGAUUGAGCCAGCUAUGUGUUGUCAUAGAGACAGGGGUGAACCCUGUGAUGGCAGAGGCGCCUGGGGACCUGGAGGAUGCUCCUCUCCUGCCCAGAGGAGAGACCAGUCCCCAGGAGAGACCAGUCCUGCAGACGGAGCUGCACCAGCUAGUGCCAGUAGCCGAGCCACAGGCACUCUUCUCACCUGGGUUUCCCUGUGGGGCACCUGUUUGGCCCAGAAGCAUCUCACAGGGAAGUCAUGGCCAAAAGACUAUUCUUGGGACAAGAAGACAGGUUCCCCAUCUGUAAGCACAAGGUGAAAAGUCUCUCCGUAGAACUGCUGUCAAGGUGAACUUGAGGGAGUUUGAGAUGGUGUGGGGAGGGUGAGGGUCUAUCUUUGGAAGCAGUGUCCUCUGUUGUCAAAGGGUCUGACUUUGCAAACAUCAGAGUCAAGACCUGCUGCCCCACAACUCUCUUGAGUGUUCUAGAAGCUGUGAAGACAGACUCUGGACUAGUUUUUGUGAAUGUGAAGAUUCCUAGCAUCAAACGUCAAAACAUCCCUGAGUCUUUUCCUGAAGACCUUUCUGUAUUUCUUUUAAAUAUGACUUCAUUUUCACAAUAUCCAAAAACGAAAGAAGGUUGUGCAGUAUAAACUGUUUGCAAAGGUAUAGAAUGCCAUAUGUUUUGAAGGUGUUGCUAAUGAUACCAGAUUUUUGUCACAUUGGUGAGAGUGACAACCUCCCCUACUGGGGUCCAAGAUCAUUGGUAAUUUUUAUGUCUCUGUCUUAAUUACUUUGCUCUUGUUGCUGAGACAAAAUACCUGACACUCAAAGUUAUAGGAAGAAAGGUUUAUUUUAGCUCACAGUUUGUGGAGGUUUUAGUCCAUACUCAGCUGACUUUAAAGCAGGGUGGCAUGGCAGAGGGGCAACAAUUCAAGGCAGCAGGAGACAGCAAAAGCAACAAGAGCAAAAAGAGGGCACAGCAAGCCUCUUUUCCUCCCUUAUAUUGUAUGAAAGCUAUCGGCUCUAGGGAAGGCAUAGCACUCACACCAUCUCUGUGCCCUCCUCUUACACAGGCUCAGGAUUUUUACAAAUUGAGGACCUUGGACCCCUGAUGAGUCACUUAGUUAAGCUUCUAAGCCUCUCAAGUGGACAGAAUGCAUCAACCAUUGCAGUCCCGAAAUGCAGUGAAUAGCUUUCAGUCCUUAUCUCAUUCAAUGUCUCGUCUAGCUAUAAUUUUUUUUCUUAUUUCCUUUAUUGUUUUUGUCCCCAUGUCACUCAUGGGUUCUUCUCAGCCUCCUUUGCCAUCUCUUCAUAGCAGCCUUAAAUGUUGUAAUCCUUGAGAAGCAUGUUCUAUGCUCUCCUUUUUGUUCUCUGUCCUCACAGUAUUUUAGGAAGUUCAUCUUAGCUGAUAUUUGACAGUGGCUUCAAUUACUGAUCACAUAGUGAUGACUUCUAUAGUUAUCGAGCGCAGGUUUCUUCUGUAGGGGUCAGGUCUAGAAUUCAGUUGCCUGCUGAACACCUCUGUGUAAUUGUCUUGUGGAUACAUCAUUCUUCAGGAGUCCAAAGCCAACCCUCUAUAGUUCAUCCCAACCUCCUCUGUUCCUCUGAAAGUUUUACAGUGUUUAAUCCAUUGCUCAAGCCAGAAACCCUGGGAUCAUUGUCCUGUUUCUUGCCUUUUGUCUCAUAUCUAAAGACCCACUGGGUCCUAUUAAUAGCAUCUUUCUCCAUUUCCAUUGCCAAUAACUCAUUUAUUGCAGUAGUCCCUUACCUACCUUCUCUGCCUUCAAAAUUGCACACUUCUAAUUCAGUUACUUAUUUAUUUGUUUAUUUUGAAGGUAGUAAAUACAAAGAACAUGACAGAGGAAAGACAGUCGAGAUAAUGCAGUGAACUGGUACAGAACUUCACAGCAGGAUACUGGGAUAAUAGUAAUAGGUACCAUAGUAUCUCAUUAUCUUCACAAUUGUUGUCCAUUCAAUCAAGUAGAGUGAAAUCAGACCAAAAACAGAACAUUAUAAAACCAAUUGAAAGAGAAUAUUGAAUAGAGCAAAACAAUCAGAACAAAACAAAACAGUGAAAAUAAUAUUUGUCUUCAAACAGAAGACAGAAGGAGAGCCCCCAUAUUUGCUAAAUUGCAUAUGGUCAUCCUCCCAAGAGAUGCUCAGAUCUCUGUCCCCAGUUGCUAACGGGAAGUGGGGUAGGGUAGGGUUCGAGAUGUUUGAUUCUCAGCCUGAGUGCUGGUAGACUCAUGGGAGCCACCGACUGGUUCUCCCAGUAAGCACCAGAGGGAGGCGCUUACCAAGAGGGCAGAUGGAUUGCUCUCUUGUGCAGCCGCCUAAGCUCCACCUCUAAUUCAGUUUUUCCACUACAACUGGAGAUAUCUUUGUAAAGCACAGUCAGAUCAUGGAGAUUUCUGUCAUGUCAAUCAUUCACUUGGCUUCUGCCAUCAACCCUUGGGAGGCCUUACGAAAGGAGACAAUGGCAUGCAGGACUGAAUAAUCAGCGCCAAACCUGCAACUCUUGGGAGGAAGGACAUACUCUUUCGGAUGUGGAAGGAAUGUGAGACAGCCUCCUCAGAGAAUGAGUAUGACUCUUGUUCUUUCCUCUCACCCAUGGUUUGCCUUGGAACACUGGUGCACCAUGUGAGCUGGAAAACUACAGGGGAAUUUUGAGUUAUCAUGACAGCUGGAGUCAGACGAAAGCAAUGGGUAAUUGCUAUGGGCUGAACUGUGUCCCCAGUUUUAUAUGAAAGUUCUAAGCACCACUGUAUCAGACUAUGAAUAUAUUUGAGAUUGCCUCUUGAAAAAAUAAUAGCAUUAAAUGCAGUCCUUAAUCCACCAUGAUUACUAUCUGUACAUGAAGAUGAAGAUUCAUCAAGUGAAGAAGGAAAGAUGUGAAGACAUGUGGAGGUGAGCACGUAUAAGAGAGGGGCCUCAAAACGGACCAGCUCUGGAUACAUCAUGAUCUCAGACUUUAAGCCUCCCAAACUGAGAGAGAAAGAGAGGGAGGGAGAGAGAGAGAGAGAGAGAGAGAGAGAAAUUGCUGCUGUACUUUGUUAUGACAGCCCCAGUAAAUCGUUAGUGGGGUAUGAAGACUGGAAGAGAGAGAAAAAGCUAUCAUUACUUGUAGGUUUCAUGAUCAUCUACAUAGAAAGCCUACCCAAUCAGUGGAUCCUCCUUUAGGACUAAUAAGAAAUUUCAACAGUAUUGUCAGACACAAUAUCAACUAUUAAAACACAUGUCUCUUCAGCAGCAAAUGCCACUCAUAAAACAUAUGUAGAAAUCAAUUUGUCAAAUUAAAGAAUAUAAAGGAAGGAAAAAUUAAAGAAUAUAAAGGAAAUUUUGAAUACAUCUUUUAUUUUUUGGUACUCGAAAUCUAACUCAUGACCUCACACUUGCCAGGUGGGUGCUGUGCUGCUGAGCUAUAUCCCUGGCUUGGAAGUUUUGAAUAAAUGGAGAGAUAUUCCACAUUUGUGAUGAAAUAACAUUGUACAAAUGUUUAUUCUUGUCAAAUUAAUGUAUAAGUUUGGUUCAAUUGAAUGGGAAUUUCAGAUGGUUUAAUUCUGAUAUGAAUAAAGCUCCAUAAAGAGCUGAGUCAACUUUUAAAAACACAGGGUACUGGGAUAACAGUAAUUGGUAACCCCAUAGUAUAUAUGUUAUGUUUUUAGUCUCCUAGACAUUAAGAUGCAUCACAAAUCAUGGUCCUAGAUGAAUUGUGUGCUUCAGCUGAAGAGACUGGGGAUCUCAGGGAUAUAACAUACAGGCAGAUUUUGAAACUUGAUUGAUGAGUAAAGCUGAUAUUGUCAAAGAUCAAAGAGAAAGAUCCCACUGACUUGUAGACGUCUUGGAAAACUGGAUGACUAUGUAAUUAAAGUAUCACUGGAUACGCAUUUUACUCAGAAUAUGCAAGUAAAUGAAAUGCUUAAAUAUUAGAAGUUAAUAAAACUAAUAGCAUAUAAUAGAAGUGAACCUUUUUAACCAAUGAGAGGAAUUGUUAAGACCUCUCAAACACAAGGUAUAAUAUGAAAAUGAAUUUUAUUAAAAUUAUGGAUUUCUAAUUAAUGAGUUAUGUAACUAUUAUUCAGUGGAAGACAUUUGGCAAUUUCUGAACGUAUUGCUGGUUUGGAGUGGUAGAUACUAUUGUCACUUUUUGAAUAGAAAUGAAAGGUGCCACUAAAUAUCCUUCAAUGCAAAGGAAAGUUUCACAAUGAGAAAUUAUCUGGCCAAAUGUAAAGAGCUCUGAGCUUGAGAGGCCACACUGCUAUAUACUGCCACAUAUGAUUGCCACAUGUAAAGUCAACACAGGGCUGACACUAAUGUGCAAGAGGUCUUAUGAAUUGUUAAGAAAAAGAUACAAAAUCAGGCAAAAUAUCUGAAUAAGCACUUAUCAAAAGGAGAAAUCCAAAAUGGCUCAUAUGUAUAUGAAACUGUGCUCAAACUCACCAUAAGGGCUACAAGUGAAUUCAACAAUGGAUUAUCACUUUGUACCUGCUCGCCUGGUGAAAUGAGAAAGUUAGAUGAUGCCAAGAGUUUACAGGUACAUGAGGAACCAGGGAACCCCGUGUGUCACUGCUGUAGACUGACCAAGUGGUUCUGGAAGAACCACUCAGCAUCUAGUGAAGAUAUUGCAUCCAUAUGUAAGGAUCCGGUGCUCACACUGGUGAACAUCUCGAGUUCAAAAGCAUGUUCAAACAUGUUCAUUGCUUUUGGUCAGGACAUUGGAAGUCCCUAGUGUCCACUCCUGGGUGAAUGGAAAAGUAAAAUGUGAUACAGGCAAUAAUAAAAUAUUAUGCAGCAGUCAGAAUCUGCAAGUUGCAUGCAUUCAAUGUGCAUAGUUCUUAAUUAUUAGUAUUAAAUGAGGUUAAUUAGAUUGAUGUUUGUCACACAGUGUUAAAUGAUAUCUUUUUAUAUACCAUUUAGAUAAAUUUAAAAAUAUGUGUUAUAUGUAUUUUUGCAAGCAUACACAUGCAUGUUAUAAAUUUACCUAAAUUCAUCUGAUGUCUUGCUUUGUACACUUAGUACUAUGAUGAAAAUUAAUACCUACACGUAAAGUGUGCCAGGCACAAUUACAUUUAUUACCCUCCUCCUUGUGCCCUCAUAGGUAAUUUUUAUGGAAUUUAAUAUAUCUCUUGUAUGUGUAUGUGUGUGUAUGUGGGAGGAUUAAUAAAACUAAAAACUAUAUAAAACAGGAAA